AUGCCACCACCAUCCAACCACAGGAGCGAGGUUGCACCCCCGGAGGAAAUCACCUCGGUGGCCGCCCAAGGCUUCAUGACCGGCGUGUUCCGGUUUGGCUCCGUGUCUAUCUUGGCCCAUAUGAUUCUUGCCCUACCCCACCCCUUCGUCUUCUCCGCACCAAGUCCACCCGCGUAUCCCGCAACACAACCCCGUCCGCGCCCAUCCAUCUUCUCCCGCAACUAUCUCCGCUCACAACUCUACCAUCGCCCUUUGGAGGGGUUUUCAAGCUGGAUUUCCCCGGGAUCCCGUAUAUAUCGUGGUCUGACACCGCAGUUCAAGGUCUUCAUACAAGUGGCAGCUAUGACUCUGGGUGGUUGUAUCUGGCAAGAAAAACGGGUGACGGAAUAUAUCGAGCUGCUAAGACAGAUGAAACGUGCAGAGCGACUGAAGGCUGAGAGGGCGGACGGGAAUCGUUGGUAA